AUGGAUCUUGACCAGAGCCAAGCCAUCAUUGUUGCCCAUGAGCGUUCAAGAAGGAAGCCUACCAGUAAGCGUUCAAGAAGGAAACCUACCAGUGAGCCUUCCAAAGAGAAACCUACCAAUGAGUGUUCAAAAUCGAAACGUGUGUACAAAAUACGGAAACCUCAGAAUGUUGGGGCGCUGAUCAUGAAAAUUCAUAAAGAUUUUUUUAUGAGCACGGUUCUUCGCCUCACCGGCUGUUCCCCUAUCCGUCGUCUCGAUAUGUUUCGUCCUCCGCCACUGCUUCUUGUUGACAACCGCAGGCCAAGUGUCAUUCAUAUUACUACUCAACCUGAUCUUGUUCACCUUGCGGUUCCGAAUACGUGCACUGCCAUGAUCACCUCAACAGAUGCAUCACUCUACACUCGAACCCCGUAUCCAGAAUCUCAGUUGUCUCUACCGUCCCGACCAGCGUUCUCGUCACCGCUUUCUCUUAGACAACAAGAUUUCGGGCAAGGUUGGGUGGAUGCUGUUUUGCAGGACAUUGAUAACACUACGAUGGAAGAUGGUACGAGCCAGGAUCAGUUGUCUGGGUUGCGAUCUCCGUUGCCUCUUCUGCUCACAAAUGGUGAAGAAUACCAACAACAUGUGAGCAUUCCACCACCGCCAGUUCCGGUUUGGCCAGCUUCUCAGAACGAUCAAGGAACGGAGAACAUUCCACCACCACCGCCAUUUCCAACAAUUGCGUCGGUCAGAUCCUUAGAAUGGUUUAUGUAUUCAACACAACUAUGGGAGAACAUUCCAACGAAUCCGUUCAGAUCAUUAGACAUGCGAAGUUCUCCCAACGGUCUAUUCUCUCCGAGCAUGUCACUUCCAAUUCAACCAGUUCCAGAGACUCUACCAUUGUGGAGGGUAGGCGUUCCCAAUACUUUCAACUUUAUACGACAAGAGAACGUUCUAUCAUCGGUUCUAAUAACUUCCUCGUUCUGGAGACAAGAGUGGCACAGCUUUUCCAACAUUCCACCACCAGUUUUGCCGACUCCAUCAUUAUGGAGUCGAGAGUGGCCCAAUUAUCCGAACGAUCAACAACAAGAGAACGUUCCACCAUCGAUUUCAGCGAUCUCGCCGUUUGAAAAUCUUGAUUGGUUUGAUCCUCAGAACGAUUCUGAACUGGAGAACGGUUCCCCAUUAUUGGUUCCAGAAGGGAAUCUGGAGUGA